GUUUACUUGCAAAAAUGUUGUUUUCCAUUGGCAGAGGAGAUGUAGAUUAUAGUUUCGCUAAACUGCAAGUUUGCCGAGUCGUAGGAAAAAAAAAGAUUUUUUCUACUCAUUUUGGAGUCGUUGGGUUGGUCCAAAAGAGGGGAAGGAAAAGAAGAAACAGAAAAUUAUCCGAGAAUUUUUCUGGCCUUCAUUGUUCCUCCCUCUGUCCCCCACACAGUUUCGUCUGUCAAGCGAGAGCGCAGAACCACAGAUCGACGGGGGGAAUCCGGCGGCAAAACAAUCAGAGGUUGAACAUAAUGGCAAUGGCGUCGUCGUGGAAUCGUCUCAGUGCCUAUCAGAAGGCACCGUCAUCUCUCCAAGUAGUGUGCAGAAGGAAGGAACGAGAUAGAGGAGGAGAUCAAAUCCAUCCUUACAAAGUCAUCGAGAUCACUCCGCCUCCUAAGAACCUCGGCGUCCGCUGCUUCCCUCCCAACCUGCAGUGUGGGGAGAGUGUGACGAUUGAAGGGCAAACAUACACGAUAUCGUCGGUCACUCAUCGGUACCAGCUCCGGAAGGGGAAGUACGAACCCAGCGAGAAGAGGCUUGAUGUUCUGUCCACGGGGAGAUACAUCCUGAACUUGUAUCUCGAAAAUUUGCUUGAACAAUCUUGACCCGCCGGCCAGCCAUCCAACCUAAUCCUCUUUGACCAGCAUUAUGUGUAGCCCUAGAACCGAGUUUCUCCCCUGAACGUUUUGAUCUCUUAUUUAUCUUAGUGCUGCACAAAGCUCUUGAGGAACUUGUUUAAAGAUUGAACUCUCCCUCAGCAUUGCAAAUCUGCUAGCUUCAUUUGUAUCCAGCAGCAGCUGAGUACCCGGUAGCAGUAUCUCGGCUAUCAGGUCCAUCUUUUGUAAUCCAUAAGACUGUAAAGACUACCAAAUCUAUCAUCAGGAUAAUUACGUAGCCGGAUAUCUAUGUAAAUUAGGCCAAUAUCAUGCUCCUGAAGCGUACAUUUUCAAUCAUCUGAAGUAUCUUGUACCGCGCAUAGAAUCUUGUAACGAUAUUUCAAUGUGUUUAGGGUGCUUGCUUUCUCUUACGACUUAAACGCGCAGCUCACUCUCUUGCCCGUCUGAUGUUCUGUGUUGUAGGCAAGGAAGGAGUUAGUUAAGGGCACGUUUGGUGGUGAGAGGUCUUGGCUGGCUGGCAAUGGAUGAUGGUGGGACUGGGACACUGAGGUGAGAUACGAAUACGAUUUGCUUUGUCUGCAUGAUGAUUUGGUAUGUGUUAUUAUCUCUUCCCAGAUUUUCCCCCCUGCAAUUUGCAUGCUGUAUUAUGAAAAUGAUUUGUCUCGGACAUGCUUUUUUGAGGGCCUUUUUGCAUUAGGCCGAUUGAUGCGUCGAUUCAUUUUUGUGUGUGGAGAUUGACGUUUUCGUCCCCACAGACUUUGGAAGCAUGUCUAUGGUUGUUUGUUCUUCUCUCUGAUAUCUGACCCUGACCCGGGUUAUCGUAGGGUCGCGCUCGCUCCACGUGGUCGAAUCUAAGAACGUAGACAUGGACGAAUGGCUGAGAUGGCAGGAGGAUCAGUACACGGAAUGGAAGGCACCCGUACCGUUUGAUGUGAAAAUGGCGGGAGGGACAUGAAACAACCACCAUAGAUGCUGCUGCCUAACCUCUGCCCUACACACUACGCUUGCUUUGCCCUGAGUGGGUCCAACCUUGAAGACGGACCCUUCCUUCGUUGGAUCAUGGCAGUGGCAGCAGCCCAAAUCAGGUUGAAUGAUUCCUUAUGGGGUUGGAAUCAGGUAAUGGUUUAUAGGAUGGCGCGUUUCGUGAUUUAUGGUCAUUGGAUGUUCGCGUAAAUGUGUUGUUCAACAGUUAGAUUGUAAUUGGAUUGAUGGGAGUAGCGCGAUGGUAUAUUUAGUUAUGUGCUUGUUUUAUUGGUUUUGGUUGGAUUGAGUGAUUUGACUACACGGGUUAAUACAGGUCGUGACUCAAUCAAGCUACUAACAGUUUGAUGGUUGUAGGAAAAGGUCUAGAAAGCUCGAUUAAAUUUGAAAGGAAAGAAAUAGUUGUAUUGCUGAUAUAGAAGCAUAUCAUUCAAGAGAUAAAACUUGUACUUACUAACAAGCUACAUAUGCAUACUUAUAUAUUGAAGUUACAUACGGACUAUGCAAAAUUAAGAACAGAGGCGAAAACAUAAGGAAUGAAACUUGACCAAAAGGAUGACAUAUAUUCUAUUCAAUCAGAGAUUUCAUUUUGUGGCACAAGAAUGGUGCUAACUCUAAAAUCACUUGUUUAUCAUUUUUUGUGUUCGUCUAUUAAGAUGUAAAUAAAAAAUUAAUAAUUGUUUAAAAUUUCUUGUAUUCAUUAAAAAAUAUAGUCAUUGUUAUCGAUGGUCAGUGCCCAAAUAAAAACCAGGCAAUAAAAUUUGACCGAAUUGAAAUACCAGAGUGUACGAGUCGAAGUAAAAGAAAAUGUCAUUAGGAGCAAAAGAAAAAGGUUAAUGAAAGGAGGUUAGUUUAAUUAACUUUGUUUAGGGGGGGCGCAUUGUAAUUUGCAUCAUAAGAUGCGCCGGGGAAGGAAGCGCCAGCCGGCCACGUGCUACUGCCGGGCUCUAUUCACGUGCGUCCAUGUGAUGUGAGCCCUUCCCCUUCCUCCCAAGUCCCAACGAGGUUCCAAUUUUCGUACCAUUUCCCUUUUAUGUAUUUGUUCUUACGGUAUUUUCCUUUCACAAUAUUACCAUGCAAAAUCAUCACAAUAUUAGAAGUUAAUUAUGUGUUGCAAUAAUUAAUUUAGAUGACCAAUGCUUUUCUCCGGUGCAAACUUAGUUCAGUAUUAAUCACCAAUUAAUUUGGCAGGCUUGUAGGCUGAUGGUAUGAGUACGUCGCAUUUUAUGUCUCUGCUUCUUCAAAACUAUGAUUACAACAAGUUUGUUGUUAGUAUGAACAUAACCAAACAAAAUAAAUGAUCACUCGUCGG